AUGGCGACACGCUUCAAGCCUGUUACACACGUCAUUUUCGACAUUGACGGCGUCGUUUUAGCACAGCCAACGUUUGACCUCGAAGCGCUGUGCUUCGAGCACGGGCGUCGUCAUAGCACGGGCGUCGUCAUAGCAACGGACAUGCCCAGUGUCGGUGUGCUCUCUCCCACGCACCCUUCUCCGCCGAGCCGUUCCUUAUUCAGAGCCGAUGAAUUACUAACAAUAAGUCAGCGAACUAUUUUACCUGCAUCCAUCUGCAUCUCGCAAACCUUUCGUCUAAAAGACGCAGACAAGGUGUACGCGGCCGCAGUGGAAGAAGUGGCCGGACGGUACGGCAAGACCUACACGUGGGAGCUGAAGAAGAGAGUGAUGGGAAUGCCGGAUACUGAAGCAGCGCGCAUCAUCAUUGACGCUCUGGGGCUGCCGAUCAGUGAGGACUACUACCUGUACGAAUUGGACCGUUUAUACAAGCUUACACUAUGCUUCUCGCGCGUCAUGCCGGGUGCUGAGCGUCUGAUACGCCAUCUCCGCGCGCACGGCGUUCCGAUCGCGGCGACCACCGGCUGCAUGCCGCUCUCUUUCGGCCAGAAGAUGAGGCACCACCGCGAUGUCUUGUCGCUCUUCAACCAUGUGCUCAUAUCGGGCGAGGAUUCCGAGGUGAAGCAUGGCAGACCACACCCUGACAUCUUCCUCAUCGCGGCGUCUAAGUUCGAUGACCAUCCAGCACCCGAAAAGGUAUAA